UCUGCAGCAUCAUGGCCUCCACACUGGUGAUCCUGCUGCUGCCGCUCCUGGUCUCGCUGGCCUCGGCAUCACAUCACUAUGGUGCAACCUCGACCUUCACCUACAAGGGGAAAAACCCUGAUGGCUCACACAGGAUUGACGUUCGCAGCAGGGAAACCUUUACCUUUUGCAAUCACGAACUUAACUGGUAUUGUUACAAUGGCAACUGUGGCAGUAGCACCAGUUAUCGGAGAGGCACACUCGACAGCAGCACCAAUGCACCACAAUAUAUUGGCCAAUGGUGCGAAACUGAAACGGUCUCAACAAGAAGAGUCACGAGUGACAAACCUUUUAAUUUGAAGACAUCCAGCUGCUGUUGGGUCCAAACCCGAAACGGUUUAAACAGUUGGUCUCAACUGACCUCUGUGGAUUUGGGAACAAGAUCUGACACUGGAAAACCAAACAGAUCACCAGACAUCGCCAUUCUUCCUCUCCUACGCGUGCCCCAGAACUGUCCACGGACAUACAAACUACCAUCGUUUGAUCCUGACCGUGACAACGUUCAAUGCAGAUAUGGAAACAUCAGAUCUGUGGAGUGCAGCGCGUGCACCUCACCUUCAGGCUUCGACUUAGAUCAGGGCUCUUGCACAUUAAACUACCUCUCCGCCCCUGCUGACAGCAGAGUUUAUGGAUUUGAGAUGGUUGUGGAGGACUUCCCAAAAAGGAGCAUCAGUCUGACCUACGAUGAUGGAUCCCGGUCCUACAGGGCGCCACUACCUGUGAGGGCAAAGAGACAAGCAACAACCACAGCUGCACCCACAACCUCAUGGUGGUGGUGGCAGACAACCACAGUUCCAACCACAACCUCAUGGUGGUGGCAGCCAACCACAACUACAGCUGCACCCACAACCACAACUCCAACCACAACCUCAUGGUGGUGGUGGCAGACAACCACAACUACGGCUGCACCCACAACCACAACCACAACUCCAACCACAACCUCAUGGUGGUGGUGGCAGACAACCACAGCUACCCCAACAACCACAACAUACACUGGCGCCAAUAAUCCUCUCAGUAAACUACCUUUGCAUUUCUCUUUUCUGGUGGACCCAUCUGCUCCAUCAUGUCAGGAGGGGCUCUACUUGCCAAGGUUGUUGCCCCCAACACCUGCAAAUGGAGUACGCAUCCAGGCAGAGAUCAACAAAGAACUGGAGAUAAAAGUCAAAGCACAAGCUUCGGCAGCAACAGUGAUUGAUAUCAUCAUAAGUGGGCCCUUGAAUAUCAGCAAGCACAGGACCACAAACGGCGAUUUUGCCAUUAGGUGGACACCUAUCACGGACGAACUGGGAAAUUAUUUCUCAAUCUGCUUUGCUGUUGAAGCCAUGGCAGGGUCGAGCAUCUACCAGUCUGAGAUGAGGUGUGUUGUGGUGGACGUCGUGGAUCAAAUAGUUAAAUCCUAUGUGAGCUGCAGUGAGUCCGCAAUGACAGUAGAGAUUGAGAAAUCUUCAUUCCCUCGACUCAGUGAGGAUCAUUUGCGACUCAAUGACCCCACCAACACCGUCUGCAGCCUCCAGAGACACUCCAACAGCACUCAUGUCGUCGCUGUCAUCCCCCUCAACGCUUGUGGCACUCAGAUCGAGGAAGAUGAUGACAACCUCAUUUUCACAAAUGAAAUCACCACCAUUGACAGAGGGACGGAUGUGAUCACCAGGAAACACCUGCUGGAAGUGCAGGUUUGCUGUCAGUACCCAAAACGGGGAAAUGUGUCACAGAGCUUCACCGUGCACAGGCCGAACGUAACGGUCUGGGAGAAAGGCUACGGCAAGUUUACCUACGGGUUCGAGUUCUAUCCUGACAGCACAUUCAGAACCAUGGUGGAUCCAAAUUUGUACCCUCUGGAGUACGAGAUAGGGAGCAGGGUUUUCAUGCAGAUCGAGGCCACCUCUUCAAUCAACAACACCGAGCUGUUUGUGGAAUCCUGCACCGCUGCACCAUAUGACAACCCAAACUCCAGGCCAAAAUACACCAUCAUUGAAAAUGGGUGUAACGUGGACUCGACAAUUCAAAGAUACACCCCUGACAACCAAACACAGUUCAAGUUCAGCAUGGAGGCCUUCAAGUUCAUCGGUCAGAAUAACCAGGUGUACAUCAGCUGUUCAGUCAUGAUGUGUGAAGCAGGGAACCCCAACACCAGGUGUGCACAGGGAUGCAUCAACUCCACCCAGCCAGGUGGUCACAACAUCGCAAAGAGAGAGGUUGUCACCCAGACUUCAAGGCACCUGGUUUCCCAGGGUCCCCUCCGCUUAAAGAGAUCAGCAGAAGGUGCUGAAAGUCCAGUGAUGAACCUGAACCUGAACCUGAACCUGGUCUUCAUCGCUGGAUGUCUUCUUGCAGCUGUCGGCAUGAUCAGUGCUGUGGUCAUGUACAAAACCAAAAUGUCAAAGGUCAAAUACCAACCUCUGCCCACAUUCGAGAGUUAAACAACUGUGUGAGCAGAAUAUAAGAUCUGUUUUUUUAAGUUUGAAGAUAUGAAGCUCUUGAUGAUGGGUGUCAGGUGUCUAAUUAAAUGGACUGUUAAACAAAUGCAUGUAUCUUACAUACAGAAAGUUUUAUAUUAAAUGCAACUUAAAUUGAAGGAUGAACAGCUGGUGCUGCAGCUGCUGGCUAUUCAGGUGUUGUGUUUACUGUCAUGGGAUUCAAUCUAACCUUACAACUGUUUCUACUUUUAUGUAUUACAGUAUGAUCUAUCUUCAUUUAUGUGUGUAAUCUGUUCAAAAUGAUAUAUGAAUAUGUACAAACUGGCCACUUGUCAAAUUACAACUCAGCAAUUUGGGGUAAUGCUGUAGGUACCUUAGGUUAUAUAGGUAGAAUGGCAGAUGUAGGACCAUGAUGCAUUUGGGUUGGGUUCUGUUUUUUAGCUGAGCGGGAGAGGCAUGCAGGAUUCCUUUCAUUUGUUUGCUUGCUUUUUGGGAAAUAAACCAUGAAAAAAAACAAA